AUGGAAAAAAUUUGUCGAGUAUGUUUGGCAGAGAAAGAAUGGAUGAUUGACAUCUUCACCUUAGACAAUACUGACACAGAGCUGCCAUUAUUUGAGAAAAUCAUUCAAUGUACGAACAUUGCGCUUUCAAAAAACGAAGGAUUGCCUUCCCAAAUCUGCCUUGAAUGCAAAAAUGAUCUCAACACUGCCUACCGUUUCCGUCUCAAUGUCGAAGGAUCCGAUUUUAUCCUCAAAAAAUUCAGCACAGAAUCGUUUCAAGACGAAAUCUCGCCCGAAACAGUGGAUUUGGACGACGACAUCCACGAAGAUCACGAUUCUUCGGAAGUUUUUGUCAAAUACGAAGCUGAUCCAGUGAUAGAAACUUCGAAUCCCGCCAAAAAUAAACUCGAAAAGGAAGGAAAAAAGCUAAAAACAGAACAAAAAGAAGUAAAAUCCAUCAUGACAGUCCCAAAAAUCUCCAAAGACGAGAAACCGCCAACUGUGAAAGGAAUCACGAAACAAACAGCACCCGAUGGAACAGUCAAAACGAUGGUUCGCAUCUCGAGAUCUGUCACAAAAGCACAAAAAACGAGCAAAAAACCGUCUGUUGAGACGCAGGAGGAAAAUUUGCAUGUUUGUCAUGAAUGUGGAAAAGCAUUUAAGAAAUCAUCUGCCUUGAGAUCGCACUCGAAACGACAUUUGAGCAUCAAAACGAACAUUUGUGAGAUUUGUAACAAGUCUUUUGUGCUGCCAGUUGAGCUUAAAAGGCAUUUAAGAGUGCAUACGGGAGAAAAACCAUACGAUUGUCGGUAUUGCGAGAAGAAAUUUUCGGAUUUUGGAACACGAGUCAAACACGAAAGAAUUCACACACAGGAAAAGCCUUUUGAAUGUCCUUUUUGCUUGAAAACAUUCACCUACUCAAAUGUAUUGAAAUUUCACAUAAUGAUUCACACGGGAGAGAAACAAUAUGCCUGUGAACAUUGCAAUAAACGUUUCAUCAAAGCUCACCAACUAAAAUGCCAUUUGGUAACACACGGAAUUGGCACGCCAGUUAAACGCAAAUCAAAACAGACAAAAAAUCCCGUAAUUUCCGAAGCGAACGAAGAUGCAAUCGCCUCUUCGACCAUCUCGAAUGAAAUCCAAACGGUUCAAGUGAUGCCCACGGGAGAUCCGACACAAACUUACAUGCUGUAUCUCAAUAAAAAAUAA